AUGAAGAAGGAAAAGGGGGGGGGGAGAGGAAUCUCCCUCCCCAAAGCCGGAAACGCGUCGGCACUACGCGAAUCGAAAAUCAAACUGAUCCAGAGAUCAGCGGAUGAAAUCUAUAAGAUGAGAACCAAUAGGAAGGAAGAAGACUCAAUCCGACCAGUGAGAAGAAACAGAGAAGAGGGGGACGAACCAAUCAGUGCGCCGGAGGAGCUUCAAUCAGCACCACCAACGAAGGAGAAAGCGAAGUCAAGAAGGAAAAGUUUGGAACAGGCAGUCGAGAAUGAAUACAGUGACGAAAGUAGAAGCGUGAGGAAGAAAUUGAAAAUAAUAGGAAACGAAAGGAUCAACAUAGAAAUUAACGCAUACCAAAGUGAAGCGGAAAAUAACAUAGAAAAAGAUUCAAACGUACGAUCGAUAAUUGAAUCGAUAAACUCCAGGGAAGAAAAAACAAAGGUAAAAAACGUGGGUGGACGAUAUACAACACGUGGCGUGGCACGUGCAGGAAAAGAUACGGACUCGGAUUCAUCUUUAGACAAAAAAAAUAUGUCACAGAUUAAAAAGAAAUCCCCAAUUAAAGGAGAUACGGACAAUAUUCUGUUUUUCGAAAUAGAAGUAGUCAGAAAAUACGACAGAAAAGAAGGUAAAGUAAAUUUUAAAUCAAAUAAGAAACUCAAUUACCUAAAAAUUUUCAGACUUUUAAGGGAGGAUAUUAAAAAAAUAGAAGCCAUCAAAAUGCUUAACAAACAUAUCGCAGAAAUCAAAAUAAAAUAUCCAGAAGAAGGAAGGGACAUAUUUAACAAAUAUGUUAAAAAGAAUAAUGGGGAAUAUAAAAUCCGUAUACCAAGAAGAUCCGAAUUUAGGAUAGGGAUCAUUAAGGAAUGGGAAUAUUCAUUAGAAGAAGUAAAGGAGGAAACUAUUGCGGGACAAAACAUCGAAUCGUUUGAAAGACUUAGAAAAAGGAAGAAGGUCGGAUACGAGUGGGUGGACACGUAUAUGGUGAUAGUGAAGUUUAGGGGAACCAGCCUUCCUACUAAAUUAGUGAUUAUGGAAGGGCACGUCUCAUUGAAUGUGACCCCAUUCGUCAGAAAUAUCAGGCAAUGUUAUCAAUGUCUACGAUUCGGUCACACAAAGCGCUUCUGUCGAGAAGCAUCAAGCAAAUGUUUUAACUGCGGGAGGACAGCACACGGAGAGUGUUCUAAUCCUCCUAAGUGCUCGAACUGUGAAGAUGACCAUUCGGCAUUAAAUAGGCAAUGCCCAUACGCAGUGUUGGAAAAAGCGAUAAACAAACUGAUCGCUUACAAAAAUAUGUCAUUCCACGAGGCCAAAAGUGUUGCAAUGACGGAAUUGAAUUUCAAAGGCAACAAUAACUUUAGAUACAAGGAAGAAGACUUCCCGGUACUAGGACAAAGAAGAAAUAAAACCAGAUAUUCCAUGGAAAUAGAAAAAUGGGAGGAUAGACCGUGCCCGAUAAGAGCGAAUGACUGGUUUACACCGAAUAGAAGGCAACCGAGGGGCUACGAGGGCAAAGGACGCCCCCUACCCGAGACUUUAAAGGUCAGUAACAAUAAUAAUAACCGAUUUUACCCACUAGAAGAGGAAGAUACCCAAAUACUAUCUCCAAUGCAUUAUCCAACGAAAAACACAAGCAAAUACUAUAAAUAUGACACGGAAGAGGAAAACGAAAGGUAUCUUCCUAAGCAAAGGAAUCACAAACCCAACAAGACCAACUUUGGCAUCCAAGACGAUAAUGACAUAGAAGAAUUAAUCAAUUGGAUCAAAGAACAAAACCUCGUUAAUAUUAUAAAAAAUAAGUUGAAAGACUCGCCACCAAGAGCUCCAAGGGAAUACAAAUAUGUCCAGGGAAGUAAAGGAGAACCAACUGAAAAAGAACUCGACGAGAUAUAUGAAGAUAAACAAAGGUAUUAUCUCAAAAAUUACCACAAAGAAAGACAUAAUUUACAACAGGAAAGGGAAACUGAAAAGAUACCUAUAACCUAUAAAGAUGAGCGACACCAAAAAACAAAAAGUAUUAGGAAAGAACCUCCAAUAGUUAUUAAGAACAAAGAAUACUACCAUCAAAAUAAACCCACCCCAUCCAAGUAUAGAACCACACCAACAAGAGAAGACAACCUGCAUAUUCCAGAGUUUAGAAGUAAGAUCAAACACAAUUACUCAACUUUACCAAAAACUUCACCUAGACCGACUCAGACGGAAGUAGAAAAUGCUCCGUCGACUAAUAUACAAACAGGAUACAUGUCCAAUGAGGAAUGGGAAGGAACUCCUCACAUUGAAGAAACUAACAGCCCAAAGAAAAAUGAAGAAAAGAUGGAAACAGCCCACCAACACAAGGUUCCAGUAGAGCCAAUGUUAGAAGAAAUGGACUUUUCAUUUCAAAAAGUCAUUCCAGAUAUUCAGGACAAGGAAGAAGACAACUACUCGGAGUCUUUUAAAUCGCCUCAAACAGAGACUGACGACGAUUUAGAUUUUAUAAACUCUCAACCAGAGAACAAGUAAGAGAAUUUUUAGUAUCUCUUUAAGAUAUAUACAAUGAAUACGCAUUUAUUUCUGUUUUUCAUAUUUUACUUUAUAUUUUUUAUUGUAUUUUAUACUAUGUCAUGUUAUAGGAAUAGAAAAUGUUUAACAUACUAAAUAUAAAGAAAAAAGAAAAAGGAAAUAAAGAAAAAUAAUAAAUUUAAAAAACAAAAAGAAAAGUACAGUAAGAAAAAACUCAGAAAAGAAACAUCCUAGUAAUUAAAAAUGGUUCCUUUUUCUUUUUUAUUAUAUACGAAAGUAGAUAUCAUACAUAAUGAUAUAUAAAUAGAUCAUUAAUGGUACAAUUAAACAAAAGCUAUUGAUAAUAUUAAGAAAAUUAGGAAUAUAUAAACUCUUAAAUAUCAAAAAAAAUAAAAUAAUAAUAUAUAAUAUAAGACAUUUCUUUUUAAAAUUAAUUAUAUACAGCGAUAAAGUACAAUAGUAAAAAAAAAAACUCAGGUUAAAAACUGAAAAGGAAAUCAAUAGACACAGUUCUAUUAAUAAGUAACUUAAAAAAAAAAAAAAAUAUUAUUAACCAUAUUCUAAAAAAUACAGCCAACAAACCCAAAAGUAAAUAUAUUUAUAAACUUAGCUACUCCUUAUAUACUCAUGAUAAACUUUUCCACAGGCGCACAGCACAAAACAGCAAUAAUAGUAUAUACGAUAAUCUAUCAAAAUGCACAAUAAUGUAAAACUGAAAAUAGGAUUAUGGAAUGCAAGGAGUAUAGGAAACAAAAUAGACGAACUAAAAACAAAGAUCAGCAAUUAUGACAUUAUGCUUAUAACGGAAACGUGGAUAAUAGAUUAUACUAACUAUCAAAUACAAGGUUACCAGUUAAUUAAUAACGGAAACGAUUAUAAUAUAGGAAGAGCAGGUAACAAAAUCUACCAACAAGGAUGCGGGCUAGGCGACUUUAAUGCACAUAAUCCACUUUGGAAUUGUUACAAAACCUCUGCAGAGGGGGUUAGUUUAGAG